CCACGAGAGGGCAGGCUGCGCUUUUUUUUUUUGCAUCUGGCAGCUAAGUACGAGAGAAAAGAAACUUCCCACACUGAGCAGCACCCAUCGACAACAACAACACGGUGUUUGUGUGAACUCCCAGCUCUUCUUCGGCAAACGGUAGAUAAACAUCUUCACCUGGGAUUAUAUUGUUACUGUACUUAGCACUCAGACAUUUUGAUCAUAAUGUCUGCAGAAAAUCAAAAAUCUUCAGGUGAGCAGCUACUACUGCGACUACAACGAGGAACACCGUUCAUUAAGGUUAAAGAAGAACAACGCAAAACUCAUGAACGUACAUUUUGUGUUAAUAAAGAGGCUACCAUGCUGUCAUACAGACCAUCAAAGAAGGGCUGGAAAGCUAGAUAUAUGGUGGAGGACAUCAAGGAAGUUCGUGUUGGCCAUGAAACUGACACUUUCAAAGCCCGCCACACGUUCCCGAAAGAAACAUGUUUUUCGGUGAUAAUCGGCGUGAACAAUAAGAGCUUAAACUUGGUUGCACGUUCGGCGGAAGAAGCAAAGGCUUGGGUCGAAGGAUUGAAGUAUGCAAUGGCUCAUUCCAAAGCUAUUGACAUCCACAAACAACAACAAAUAUGGAUACGGGAUUAUUUCUUGAAAGCUGACACAAAUAAGGAUGGCACGUUGGACUUUGACGAGUGCUUUAAACUUUUGAAUAAAAUGAAUAUGAAAAUUGAUAGAAGUCACGCCAAAAAACUGUUUAAGGAAGCAGAUGCGAGGAAAAGUGAAACAGCUUCUGGAAAAAUUGUUGAGAAUCGUCUUGAUAUUGAUGAAUUUGUUGAGUUCUACAGGAAAAUUACUGACAGAACUGAGCUCAAAGAAGUAUUCAACAAAUAUUCGGGUGAUGACGAUUACUGGACUGCAGCAGAAUUUAUGAAGUUCAUGCAUGAAUCACAGAAGAGGGUUGAUGUAAAAGAAGAAUGGUGUUUAUCCGUGAUUGACAAGUAUGAGCAAAAAGAACUUUGCAAGCAGAAGAGGAUUCUCAGCUAUGAUGGUUUUGUUCUUUUUAUGUUGGGACCAAAUGGAUUGCUUUUUAAUCCUUUCCAUAACACCAUCUACCAAGAUAUGACCCAGCCUUUGACCCACUAUUUCAUAGCAUCUUCUCACAACACCUAUUUGAUGCAUGAUCAACUACGAGGGCCAAGUAGUACCGAAGCAUAUAUUAAGUGCCUUCAGAAGGGAUGUAGAUGUGUGGAGUUGGAUGUAUGGGAUGGUCCAGAUAAUGAUCCUGUAGUCUACCAUGGACACACACUCACAUCUAAGAUUCUUUUCCGUGACAUCAUUGAGGUUGUUAACAAGUACGCCUUUGUAGCCUCAGAGUACCCAGUGAUAUUAUCACUGGAAAACCACUGCUCUGUCCCACAACAGCAGGUAAUGGCUGACAUCAUGCAGCAAAUCCUUGGAGAUAAAAUCUACAAAGAACCUGUGAAAACUGAAGACACAAUCCCUCCAUCACCUACAGACCUCAAAGGCAAAAUACUUAUUAAGGGUAAAAAACUGAAGGUUGAAGAUGAAGGCGACGGCGACGUCAGUGAUGAAGAUGAGGCAGCCGAUAUAGAGAAUAUAGAGGAUGAAGAAGUUAGAAAACAGAUGGAGAGUAGCAAGAAAAAGAAAUUUUUGUCUAUCUUCAGCGGUAGGAAUGUAUCGUCAGCAGCAAUUCAACAUGAGAGUAAGAAGCUGAAAUUGGCCAAAGAUCUGUCACUGUUGGUUACUUUGUGUAAAAGCGUGCAUUUUCACAACUUCAAGGAAUCUGCCCAGAAAUACAAAUUUUACGAGAUGUCCUCCUUUGGUGAGAGUAAGGCAGUGGAACUUGCCAAGAGCCACGGUGAACAGUACAACGAACACAACAAGAAGUUCCUGAGCAGAACCUAUCCUGCAGGCUGGAGAACCAACUCUUCAAACUACAAUCCUUGUUCCCUCUGGAAUGCAGGUUGUGCAAUUGUUGCCCUGAACUAUCAGACACAUGGAGAAGAGAUGGAUUUGUAUUUAGGAAAGUUUAAGCAGAAUGGGAACUGUGGCUACAUCCUAAAGCCAGUCUUCAUGAGAAAAGAGGGUGUGACGUUUGAUCCUGAAAAGCCUGGUGAUCAGUACAAAAGCAAACUGAAAAUUAAAAUAAUUAGUGGCCAACAGCUUCCAAAGCCUAAAGGAUCAAAGGAAAUAAUUGACCCAUUUGUGAAGGUUACCCUGCAUGGUGUCUUCCAAGAACAGGAAGAUAAAACUGAAGUGGUAGAGAAUAAUGGAUUCAACCCACACUGGAAUCACGAGAUGGAGUUUGAUGUGAAAGUACCUGAACUGUCGCUGCUCCGCUUCACUGUUUACGACUAUGACAUGUCCACAAAGAAUGAUUUCAUUGGACAGUACACAAUUCCUGUGACAAGUAUGCAAUUAGGGUAUCAUCAUGUACAUUUGGUGUCUAAGAAGGGUGUUUCAUUGAGCCCAGCCUCAAUUUUUGUCCACAUAAUGAUGUCAGCGACAUCAUGAUGUGUAACCGUAAGGUUAUACACACAUGCCUUUGUAUACCGAUACAGAAGAACUUCUGUAUUCAUCAACGCUGUUUGUGCAUGUUAGUCUUGAGUAACUCUGGUGACGCAUAUUGGACGUACUAUGCGCUAAUAAAACACUACUAUUGGAUGGUAAUGGUACUUCUAUUGGAUUGUAGAAUACUACAACGGAAUGGUAUGAUGCUUCUAUGGGAUAGUACAGUACCAGUAUGAUAUGGUAGGAUACUACUAUGGGAUAGUAGGAUUUUACGGAUGGGAAAACAUUAUUCUUAGAUGGUCAGGUACUACUAUGGGAUAGUAGAUUACCAAAUCCCUGAUAUUAUUAGAUCAGUGCUGUAUUAGAUAAUCUAAACAUUUUAAACAACACAUUUUACCAUGGUUUUAUAUGUACAGGGUAAACAGACCAAAUUUUUAAACAAGUUUUUAUGAAAACAAAUAAUAAUCUAGUAUAUAAAGUUAAUUUGUAAAUAAUCUCUUAAUAUUUACCACUUUUCAUUUUAUAAGUGUUGGGAUCAGAUUUAGAUGAAUAAUGACUAACAAUUUUGAUCAUUUAAAGUGAACAAAUCAUGUAAGGAUUUGCAAUGCAUUUUUACAUUUUAAACAUUUUAUAAACAAAAUUUAUUUUUAAUUCUUUUAGGAAAACUUUGGUAUAAAACUUUAUAAUGUGAUUGCUCUUGUAAAGAAGAUAUUUGCAAUUAUUUAAUUAAUGAUUUAUAUCAAAGUGCAAAUAAUAAAUCUACAUAUUUAAGUAGUCAAUAAUGUUUUACCUUCAGUAUUUACCUAUUUGAGCCUUCAUAUUUUUAACUGCACAUAAAAUUAUGCAUGUUGAAAGUCAAUAGACAUAAACAACCAUUUAACACACACAACAUAGGCUAGGCCUAGCAAGGCCUCAGGGUUGACACAGCCUUCAGAAUUGUCUGAAUAUAGUGAAUUAUGACACAUAGUUUGAAGGAUAAUUGCAUCAUAUAUCUAAUAUUUAUCGUAAAGAUGAAAACUGUUUUGUAAUAGCUUCCUAAUUGUAGACGAUUCAAAAGGCCUUGCCAACAUGGAGGCCUAUGUUGUGUUUGUUAAAUGUUUGUGUAUCAUUGCCUUUUAAUAUGAGCAUGUGCAGUCCAAACUACCUUUGCCAUCACAUCAUGUUCUAAACUCUUACAUUAGAAUAUCAGCCCAGUUAGGCCUACUUUUUAUAAUAAUAUUGUAAUUAAUAUACAGAUAAUUUUUUCUACUAUUCUUAGGCUUAUGAAGCAGAUGAAAUCUUUUAGGAAAUUUUUGUUUAUUUUGUAUACCUAACUUUAAUAUUUAAAAGCCUUGCACACACUUCGGUAUAUAGCCAUAAGCCAACAAAUCCAUCCACUUAACUCUCUUCGGGCACUUGACGACACAGCAGCACCUGCUAUUGUGGUAGUGUCCAUGGAAUCAUGUUAGCUGACAAUCAUUGCCGCAGUGUGCCCGGUUUAACAUUAACAGUAAAAAUUAAAAUAUUUAAAAAGAUUGCACUAAACCUGGAAACCAUUGAAUUCGUAAAUAUUCAUAUGUAAUUAUAUACAAUUAGGUUAUACAUAUUCAGAAAUGCAUGAAGUAGAUUAAAUAAGAUUUUGCAUCAGUCAAUAUUUUUAAAUGGAUUAAUUGUAAAUGAUAUGUAUGAACUAUUUUUAACUAAACAUUUAGCUGUCCUCAGUAGGAGUAUUUAAUAAUGACUAAAAUCAUAUGAAACCCAU